AUGCAGAACGUACUAGAGGCAGAUCUGCCUGGUGCAGCGGAUGCAUUAACCAGUUUCUUGCGCCGUUGGCAUUGCUCUGGAGCAACAUUUAUUAAGGUGGAGCAAGCGCCCGGCUUUCGACUGGUGAGUGAGCUCGCUUUCUGGGGCUUCCCACCAUUGAGCAUUGCUUUGGUUGAUCUUCGCCGAUAUCCACUAGUUUCUCUUUCUGUUCAUGCCUGCCCGUAUUGUGAGCAGCGGAGCCUUGUUGCGCUGAUUGCUGCGCCCCCCCAUCAUUGCGCUGCUCCUCCCCCGCUUGUGCAUUUGCUGCGCUGCCUUCCGCCUGCCCCCCCCUCCCGGGUCCGGGCCAGUCGCGCCGCCAUGCCUCUGGCGCAGCGCAGCGACGAUCCCAGCGAGAGCCGCUACUGUGGUGUGGAGGCGGCCUACAGCGCAGAUGUGGCCCACACGCUGCACUCCAGCCUCGAUGCCGGUUUUGACUUUGUCGUCGCCCCACUGGUGGACCCGCUGUACCGCCCCAGUGCGGUGGAGCGCAGCCCCGAUGGCAGUGCGCCCCGCAUCCCCUUCGCCGGCAGCGACCUCGACCUGGCGCCCAGCCAGUGGAGCAGCCACGUCGUAGGCAAGGUGGCGCCGUGGUUGGACCUGGACGGGGGGGACCCCGGCGUGGCGCGCGACAGCGAGACGGCCCUCAAGCAGCAGCUCAGCUGGGCCACGCACCUCUCCCUCCAGGCCGUGCUGCUGCCCCCCCCGCUCCCGCUGCGCUGUGGCAACUACGCGCGGUGCGUGAACCAGGUGCUGCGCGGCAGUGCCACCUCCGCCACGCAGCUCUGGCUGCGCAUCCCCGCGCUGGCGCCCGACCUGGAGGCGGCAGAGGGCACGCGCCACGAGGACGCCGCGGCGCAGCAGCGUGAGGCGGUGUCGGGGAGGCGGGUGAAUGAUUCGUGGGAGUGGUGGGACCACUUCCGCACGCUGUGCGAGCACCACAAUCAGCUCUCGGUGGCGCUUGACUGUGGGUCGUCUUUGCCGUCGGCGUCUGCCCUGGAGCGGUGGAAGGGCGAGCCGAUGCGCGCGGUGCUGCUGAGCAGUGGCGCGUUCCUGAGCAACAAGCGCGGCUUCCCGUGCCUGUCCAAGCGGCACCAGCAGUUCCUGGCCACCUGCUUCCGCCACAACAUCCAGGUCGUGCUCACCGACCCCGACCCGAGCGCCUCUGCGCCCGCCGGCGCACCGCUGGACGUAGAAGGCGAUACAGCACCAGUGGGGCCACCCAGUACGGCAGAGGACGGGAGCAACGGCCAUGUCACCAUUCCCACGCGCCAUCCGCUGCGGCUUCACUUGGAGUACAUUGCCCACCUGUACCAGAAGAUCCCCCCGCCAUCGGAACAGGACCGCUUCGAGGCUGGGUACCGCGACUUCCUGCAGGCCCCGUUGCAGCCGCUGAUGGACAAUCUGGAGGCGCAGACGUACGAAACAUUCGAGAAGGACGCUAAAAAGUAUUCCCAGUACCAAUUGGCGGUUGCGGGCGCACUGCGGGACCGGGUGCCGGAGGAGCACGCCGCAGCCACCACCACGGUUGUGAUGGUGGUCGGCGCUGGCCGCGGCCCGCUCGUGCGCGCAUCGCUGGCCGCAGCCCACGAGACGCAGCGGCGGGUGCGCGUGUAUGCUGUCGAGAAGAACCCCAACGCCGUCGUCACCCUACACCACCUGGUGGCCCUCGAGGGCUGGCAGGACUCGGUGACCAUUGUGUCGUGUGACAUGCGCGCCUGGGACGCCCCCGAGCAGGCGGACAUCCUGGUGAGCGAGCUGCUGGGCUCGUUCGGCGACAAUGAGCUGUCCCCCGAGUGCCUCGACGGCGCGCAGCGCUUCCUCAAGCCGGACGGCAUCUCCAUCCCCGCAGAGUACACGAGCUACCUGGCGCCCAUCACUGCGGCCAAGCUGCACGCGGACGUGCGCGCGUACAACGACCUGGAGCACUUCGAGACGGCCUACGUCGUCAAGCUGCACUCCGUCGCCACGCUCUCCCCGCCCCAGCCGGUGUUCACUUUCGCCCAUCCGAAUCGUGCUGCCGUCAUCGACAACCGGCGGUACACCAAGCUCGUCUUCUCUACUGACGAGGACGCCGGGUCUGCCACUCUGCACGGGUUCGCGGGCUACUUCGACGCGGUGCUGUACAAGGACGUGCACCUCGGCAUCGAGCCCGCCACCGCCACCCCCGGCAUGUUCUCCUGGUUCGCCAUCUUCUUCCCGCUGCGCAGCCCGCUGUACCUGCCGGCCGGGGCCGACCUGGAGGUGCACUUCUGGCGCUGCGUGGGGCCCACCAAGGUGUGGUACGAGUGGGGAGUCACCGCUCCAACAGUGUCCUCCAUCCACAACCCGAAUGGGCGCUCCUACUGGGUGGGGCUAUGACACAGGGAACGCCUCAGCCUUCCGUGAUCAGACUGGACGUAUUUCGGAGGACCGAAUGACUCAUAACUGUGCUAGGUAGGUUGGCAUUUACAUCAAGCACAAGCAAUAAUGCCGCUGCGCUUAAAAAGGGAGACUACAUGAGUCCGGAGCGGCACAAAAGCAGCAGUGAUGAAUUAUGCAAGGUGCAAGGUGCAUCACAAAUGUUAUACCAAUCAAUUGAAUAAAUGCAUCUGGUGAUUUAGCCCGGGCUUGUGUGCGGCCUGUGUG